AGCAUCGUGUGGGACCCGCAUAAACCUUCUUCAGUGUAUAUGUUUUGUGGUCUUAUGUAUUUUGUGAUUCAAAUGUCAAAAUAGAAAUUUUGAGAACAUUUGGGAUGAAAUGAUGAAAAUAUUAGGAUAUUAAGAUUUUACACGUUUACAAUAACACUGUUACUGUGGCAGAAAUAAUGGAAUACAAUGCAGAGAACUUAGUAAAAGCAGUGACCUUGUUUUAUAGAUCUGAGGCUCAUCAGCAAGCGGAGGCCCAUCAGUGGUUAACAGAAGCUCAAAAUUCUCCCCAGGCAUGGAGCUUUGUAUGGGAAUUACUUAGCCCCCUCAAAAGCUCAGAAGUGCAGUUUUUUGCUGCUACAACUUUACAUACAAAGCUAAUGAAGCAUUGGAAUGAAGUACCAGAGGAUCACUAUGAAUUUCUGAAAAAAAGAAUAUUAGAAUCUAUAAUAAAUUAUGCUAUGGGCCCCAAGUUAGUUUUGAACCGUUUGUGUAUUGCUGUUGAUCUCAAUCAUCUACUUCUGAAUCCGACAAAGACCAGGAAAACCAGGACCAUCCCAAAAACAAAGAUUGACACCAGAGUGCAGUCUGAAGGGAACCCAGCACAGUCCAUUCAUCAUGUCCAGAAGAUGGCCUGAUCGUUAUUUCCCAGCCAAGUAUCAUCGAACUCCAGAGAUGCAGUAUCGAAGUCAAUCAACAGAAGUUCUAUCCAUCUGAUCAUAUAAAACAAGAAACAAGUUUCCCGUUACCAACCAUGAGCCAUGAGCAUUUUCAAAGUUCAACUUGAAAUCAAUAAAGAAUCUUCAAGUACUUCAACCAGAAACCAAGGAAGAAGAUCUUCAGUUCCAAGAUCACCCCAUUAAGAAGACCAAUCUAGCCAUAUUUUUACUAUUAAUCUCCACAUUUAUUGGCUACCCCAUUUACCAAAUUUUAAAGAAGCUAGGAGAAGCAAGAAGACGUAGAGAAGAAGAAGCAGUCCCGGAUUCGCAAACUUUGGAUCUUCCGUUUGCCCAUCUUCGACAGCGAGGAGUUAUAUAACGAGAGCACCUCGUAUAUCUCCAUAAUUUCUGUACUUAUAUUUUAUCUCUAUAAACAACCCCAUAUUAUAAAUUCUUGUUUGUGCCCUUUAGGCAUAAGUUUACAUCAGCUAUUACUUUAGGUUACAUGUAUUAGUCAAUCGUUUGUAAGCGCACGUAGUCUUAAGUUUGGUAACAAAACCGUUGUUACCUGAAACGAUACUUGUAAUUUAAGUGAAUAAAGUGUAUCAAAUCGCCUGUAAAACGUUUUUUGAAAACGCGAACUCGCGACGCGAUACCUAAAUUUAUAUUCAUACCUUUCCUCAUGCAUCUUCCUAAGGCAGAAUAUAGGUACAGCUUGAACUGAAAGGGUAAGCGGCAUCAACUGUCUGAAACCUUUUUUUAGGAAACAAAUC